GAACAACAGCGGGAGCAACGCCACAGUUUCCCUUGCAGUUUGAUUCAAUGGAUCACUCGACGACGAGCCUUUCAUGCCUUUUUGUGGUAAGUCUUUCUAAAGCUUGCGACACGAAUCUUSCAUGGGGACCUUUGCGUGAAGAUCAUUCAUGUUCUUUGCAACCACAUCUAAUGUUUUGGCCUUCGACUUUCGCUUCUUUAUGUUCCUAAUAUACGAAGGAUGGCAGCUUUUUGCGAGCUUAUUUCAUAUGCCGAUCUUUCUGGAAUGCUUCCAUUCACCUCRGAUAGGUUAUUAGCAGGAAAUAUUGGUUAUGUUCUAUUGAACGUAAUUGGGAGGACCUUUGAGCUUGUGGCAUUCUGCAUUGUGACAGAAAUUUGGCUUCAAACAGCAAUUGACGCUAGACCACGAUCAAUGGAUUCGGGAAGUACAAACCAGAGCUUCUGGCUUCGUUGGCUACCAUCUAUUUUUGUGCUGUUCGCAGCGCUUUUGGUCACGGUWUCCGUCUCUCUAUCGGUUGUACUUUUUUGCCGAUUUCCACGUCCCCCUAACCGUGAAUAUGUGUUGGCCAUGCCACUUUCAGURCUUCAAASUAUCCUUGAAGCAAUCUGUUGGGGACUUCUAGCUCUUAUGGUCGCAUUGUCAAUGGAAAUGACCUCAAAAUGUAUCCUGAUUUUGGUUCCGUCUACACAAUGGAAGAGACGAUUAUCUCUCUUCAACAAAGCAGUYGGUCCUAUGUUGAUAAGUUGUUUUGCGUACRCAGSAAGAAGUAUCUGGCUUGCCCUGGYGUGCUUCGACCGCGACAGGCGAGACAGCUGGGCUUGGUGGAUUAGCUUUACUUGGGGGCCAACGGUUAUAGUCUCCGUAAUGCUCCUGUACUCAACACGGAAACGUGAYUCUGUUGYAGAAGAAGUUGUAUCAAUUGAAAAUAAUGUUACCRGUAGUAUCGAUGACGACGAARCCACCCAUAGCUUGCAACRGUCACUUUUACGACCGCAGCCACCAGAAGGUAAGCAAAGAUCCCAAGAGGAGUUUGAACAGUCUCAAGAAUAUCACCUGCCUCAUUCUCAUUCACUGUGUUUCUAAUUAUUCUGGUGUUGAUCCUUUCUUGCCUGCAUCCACAGAGGCAUUUCGAGCAUUUCACAGGUUUCGUCACGGGGAGGACGAAAUGAAUGAUUCAUUCUCUCUAAGCAGCCCUACUCCUCGAAGGAAUAUUUUGGACACAGAGAUGGAAGACCAGGAAUUACAUUCGUCUGUAGACAAUGCACACAGUGGUAUUGAUAAUGAAGCAAACGACAGUGA